CCUAGUAGCUAGCUUUGCUGACACAGAAAUGAGAGGUCUGUUCAGUGCUUAAAUAUCCGAGAAACAAUGGGAUAGUGCAGGAAAGUUAACAAUUAACAGUCUCAGCUUAAAUUUUGUAACUGCAGGGAUCUGGAAGCACAGCUGCCUCUCUCUUCAGCAAAAUCAGGUCUCCUGGUUAAGAGAAGAAUUUUUGUUAACAUCUGAAAUUCUGAAAACUAAGCAGUUUGCAGCUGAAUGAGUAUCGUGCAGUAAUGGUUUUAACCAGCCUGCUCAUACUUAACUAUGUCUGCUUAUUUUAAAUAGAGUAGCUGUGAGAGGGGUAAUGAGGCUUUUGAAAUGCCUUUUGCUUUACUGUUUUAAAUGAGGGUACAGAGCAAUAAAGGGAGCUGAAGGUAUCCGGCUGAAGAGAAGCAGCAAGGAAGAUGGGUCUGCUAAGUGUGGAUUUGUUGAUCACGCUUCAGAUCUUGCCGGUCUUUUUCUCCAAUUGCCUCUUCCUUGCCCUCUAUGACUCUGUGAUCCUCCUGAAGCACAUGGUUCUGUUUCUGAGCCGCUCUAAGUCUGGGCGCGGUGAGUGGCGGAGGAUGCUGACCUCGGAGGGGCUGCGCUGCGUCUGGAACAGCUUCCUCCUGGACGCCUACAAGCAGGUCAAACUGGGAGGAGAAGCCCCAAACUCCAGUGUAAUCCACAUAGCCAAGGACAGUGAUGGCAGCAGUGGCAGCUGGAAGAAUGUUGGUAGCAAGUGUGGAACCAAAUGCCACCUUCUGGAUUUUGCCAACUCAGAGCGGCCACUGGUGGUCAACUUUGGCUCAGCUACCUGACCACCGUUCACGAGCCAGCUGUCAGCCUUCAGCAGGCUGGUGGAGGAGUUCUCUGGUGUGGCUGACUUUCUGUUGGUCUACAUCGAUGAAGCUCACCCAUCAGAUGGCUGGGCUGCGCCUGGAAUCUCUCCCUCUUCAUUCGAAGUUAAGAAACACAGAAGCCAGGAAGAGAGAUGUGCAGCUGCUCACCAGCUCCUAGAGCAUUUUUCCUUGCCACCUCAGUGCCAAGUGGUGGCAGACUGCAUGGACAACAAUGCCAAUGUGGCCUAUGGGGUUUCAUUUGAACGAGUAUGCAUUGUGCAGAGACAAAAAAUUGCCUACCUGGGGGGCAAAGGCCCCUUUUUCUACAACCUUCAAGAGGUCCGGCUUUGGCUGGAACAAAACUUCAGCAAAAGAUGAAAUCCGUUCUCCACACGAAUUAUGUCAACAGAUACGUCCCUUUAAGGAAAAAAAAGAAAACAUAUGCGAGUUCGAAUAAAAUCUUUUGAUGAUUGCAGGAGAACACAUUUGAUAACCAUGUCAAGUGAAUGUUAACUAGGAAAAGAAAAUAAAAAUCUAGCUCCACAGAAACAUUGUCAAGAGAAAAAAAAAAUCCUACUCCUGCUCUUGCUAUGGGACAGAAGAGGUGAAUAGGUUUCUCAAAAAAAGGUGCUGCUGGCAAGCAGGUAGGGUGGUUAGAUAAGACCUGUUUCCCAGAAGCCCCAGACCUGGGGUGAGGCAGAGGAAGUGUUUCUGCUUAUAAGGCAUUCCAUGGAAAGGCAAUGCUGUAGAUUUCAUCAGAAAUGCUUCUGUGGCCAAUACAAGGAACCUGGGGGGAGCAGGGGUUUUGCAGUUACUUUGCAUACAAAUGCAGUGCAAGGUGGCGAUUUUCCAUUCUUGGUAGAAAAUGUGUCAUUCAGAGACUUCAGGAGCCACAUGCAACACAUGGCACAUGGCACACGCUGCUCAGAGCAAGAUGAACCUUUGAUGGUAUUUGUACUCUCUCUGGACACCUCUGCACAGCAUAUUAACUACGUAAUGCUGCCUUACAUUUGUAUCCAGUGUGCAAGCCUGUGCCUGCUGAGGAAGGUGUUAAAAUCCGUGGAGUUGGACCAAAAAGACAAAGGUGAUCAAACAAGCCCAUUACCAUUUGAAAAAUGAAAUACCUGGGCUAAUUAUAACACAACUUUGAGAACCAUCUAGAGCAUGCAUCAUGAGACAAAACUCAGCUGAUGCCAACCAAACCCUUGGUUCUGAGAGCUGGCAACACACAUUUAUCAAUGUUCUCUGGUUCUCGUCUCUGUUUCUUUACCCACCUCCAUCUCUUUCUGUCUAGUGAUAGGCUUAAAGGUAAUUUCACUUAUAGUUUUUUUUAAAACAAACAAACAAACAAAAACCCCUUAUUUCUCUCUUUAAAAAAAAAAAAAAAAAGUGAGAUAAUGACCUUGCAGGUGUAUUUUGGGGACAGGGGAACAUACACACAAUUUUACCUCAUCAAACUGGAAACCUAUCCUGUCAUUUACCCUGUUAAAUGUAGUCAUGCAGACUUUUCCUGUCUUAGAUACCUGAACCUAGUUUAUAGUUAUGUUAAUCUGAAAGUUAAGUUGUUUGCAGCCUUAGAAUUGAUUAGCCGCAGUUCUGCUACUGGAGGAACUCAUAGUCUGUUUCGAUUAUGUUCUUGAAAACCUUCCCAGAAGAGAAACAGGGAGGACAAAUAGUUUGAGUUAAUGUGAGUAAGUGUAAAAGAUGGCAGAAUUUUCAUAUGAAUGUGUAUGAGGGAUUGAUUGUUAUGUUGAAAGAGAUACUGUGAACUUAGAGUAUACAUUAAGUUUAGGUAUUUCUAAAACUAAAAUUAUUUAAUCAAGCCUGAUGAAGAGGCAGAUUUACAAUGAGCUAACUUAUUAGAACUAAUAAAUGAAAACCCAUAUGGAGAUGGACUAUCCAAGUUUUCUCUCAUCUUUGGCAGAACCAUGAAACAGAUAAACAAAAUAAGUGUCAAAAAUCAAAUUAGUUCUUUUAAUUUUUCAUCCUGCCCAUCAUCAGGAAUAUGAUGUGUUGAUGCUGACAUAAGAAAGAAUAGAAAAUACAUGUGGUUUAUUUUUCUCAAUGCCCAUUAAUAUUGUUUAUUUCCUCUAGCUUGGCUGUUGGUCAGCUUAGCCAAUGUAGGAGGAAUUCGGAAAUGUGUUUUCAAGCACAGAUCUGGAAUAAUGACAGUAACAUGGGUGAUUUUUCCCGUGCUCAGGUUCAUGCUUCCCAUUCUUCUCACAUUUUCCUCCACACACUGUUAAACAUAGAUACACAUGCACUUACACAGUUGGUAGUGUGCAUUGGAGAAGGGUGCAAGGAGUGGUCCUCAGAUCUCCUGGUGAGCCCCACUUCUCAGAAGGCCUGUGUCUGUGUGUGCAUUUAUAUAUGCAUCCAUAUGCAUAUAAUACAAUUUUAUGUAUGCAUUUACGUAUGGGUGCACAUAUAAAUGGUGUCUAAGACCAUUAAUAAUAAUUGUCCUGUCCUACCAUUCAUUAAUGUUACUGUAAAUCAUUGAUCAGUGUGGAAGAUUGUUACAGAUCUUCUUGACUAACUGGGAUAUAUAACUGAAUUUUAAAAACCUAUUAGCAUAGAAACAGCAACGUAGCCAAAAUACAUGGUUUAUUUAAUCCAGUGUCCUACCUCUGACUGUAUCAGAUGCUUCAGGGGAAGGUGCAAUAAUUUUUAACUUACAGAAUUUUUAUUAGCUUCAGCCCAUAUUAUUUUUGCCUCAUCUAAAGUGAUUGUUGAUCGCUCAUCAUCCCUCAUAAGAGGCUGAUUCUGGGUUUUGAGAUUUAAAUAUUUUGUGAGGAUUAUUAAAAUAGAAAAACCAUCCUAUUUAAGUUCAAAGAAAACCAAAAGAAAACAUUUUUUUUCUUUUAUAUUUAAAUAGGAUGCUUUUCAAUGUUAUUCUCAUCUCUUGCUGUUAUAUGCUAAACCACUAAACAUAAACAAUCCCAAUUUUUCUUCUGUAUGUUGGUCAUUAUAUAAUCUAUAUAGAAAUUUGCAUAGCUUUUGUUUGUUUAAGACAAACAAUAACUCAUAUUCUUAUAAAGGUUCAUACUCUUUCCUUGUCUCUGAAUUGCUUCUGUUUUUGCUACACUGCCCUUUUCCUCAGGUGAGUAAAGAUGUAGACAUUAAUCCAAGUGAAAAUCUGUAUUGAUAUACCCAACACAACAUCUUUUCGCUAUUAUAUCCUAUUCUUCAGUCAUAUGAAAGUUUUUUUAAUCCAUAACAACUCCAUAGCCUUUGUAAAACUUAAACUAGUAAGACUUUUCUUCUUUUCCUCAUUAUAUCAUUGAAGUCUGAACUAUUUAUAUGGGAAAUGCUAGCCAAAUGUUUAACACAGCUAUUGAAACAUACCUUUAGUUCAGAGGAAAGAGUCAGAAUUAGAAUUCACUUUGUUAAUACCCAUUUGCAUAUCUAAAGUUAUAAUUAUUUUUCAAGUCUAUUCUCUCCUUUUGAAUUUCCAUUAUUUUGUUUUGCAAUUCAUAGAUGCCUCUUCACCACACUGUAGACAGGAAUUAUAAAAUUGGCCCCUGUAAAUGGGAAAAACAAAUUGAUUUUCCACAAAUAAAAAUACACAAUAACUUCAUUUCUUCCUUGGCAACAUGUAUGACUGUCCUGCCUAAAAUUUAAAGAUGUUUCAGCCUCACUGAUUAUCAAGACAGAAAUACAUUUUGGAGAACCUUGGGUUUCCCCAGAAAACUUCUGGUCAGAAAGCAGGGCUUUCUUCAAAGUAAAAUGGGCAUAAAGGAAAAAAAAAAGGAACAGGACUUUCUAGGAGGCUGACAGA